AUGGCGGCUUCGAAAGGCCAUGUAGAGAUUGCACGCACACUUCUAGGGUGCGGGGCUUCUGUCAAUGUAGUAGACGGCCAGCGGAGAACUCCCUUGCACUAUGCAGCUGAAAAAGGCAGGACCUACAUGGCCAGGACCUUACUUGAUCGCGAGGCCAGUGUUGAUGCACCCGAUGUUGACAGGGAAACUCCACUUCAUAAAGCUGCUCGAUCUGGCAAGGCUGGCAUAGCAAAAUUGCUCCUUGCUCGUGGAGCCAACACAAGCGCUCGCUCCCGUACUAUGGAAACACCACUUCACCUUUCGGUCUGCGCUGUUGAGGUAAUGGAGAUUUUACUUCAGGCUGGCGCAGGGCCUAAUGUAACUGAUAUCUUCAGCCAAACACCUCUCCACCACGCC